UUAACCACUUCCCGUCUGAUCCAUGUAUAUAAAUGGCCGGAGGGGAGCAGGGCAGGAGUGGGUGGCCGUUUAUAAAUGUCCUCCCUGCUUCCCUGCCUGUGUGCACUCCCUGUGCUCCCAGUGCCGAACACCGAUCGCUGUACGGGACCUCUGUAUUUCACACGUAGUAAGUAAUGAUGUCAGAAGUGACAUCUUGCUUACUACUCUGCAUGUGAUCACUGAUUGUCCAAUCAGUGAUCACAUGAUCGGGACCUCGCACAGAGGUCCCGUCCGACGCCAUUUAGAACUAAUGUGUGAGCUGUGAUUGGUCACAGCUUGUCACAUGGUACAAGGCUGUUGUGAAUGGCCCUGUACCAUGUGAACUCUGUGAUCAUUGACACAUUUCACACGUAGUA